AUGUUCUGUUCUAAAACAGUCUUUCGUUGCUUCAAAACUCUCGAGCGAUUAGGAGAUCGAGUAACAGGUGCUGCUGGUCCUUUUUUUGUUGGACUUGCUGUUAUCUUGAUAUCAGCUGGUACAAUAUGCUUUUUUGAUGUUGUCAUGCCUUCGCUGGCUUACCCAUGGCUCGGCGGACCCAUCUGCCUCCUGAUUGCUUUCAACUUGCUUGUGCAUUAUUACCUCGUGGUGACAACAAACCCGGGAUUCGUGGAAGAUUUACCGCGAGUAGCUGGAAAAGGAUUUCUGUGGGCAACACCAAGAAAUAUGUCGAAGGAAAGGCCCUUGACGGAAGGCGUACGAUGGUCGACGGAACUCAAUGUUACAAAAGCCGAGUUGACCAAAUGUAGAAAGUGUGGACAGCAAAAACCAGAGAGGUCCCAUCAUUGUCGGAUAUGCAAUCGUUGCGUCCUGAAGUACGAUCAUCAUUGUCCAGUGCGGAUUAACCAAUGCGUCGGUCUCUACAAUGAGCGGCAUUUCGUUCUCUUCAUGGCAUACCUCUGUAUCUCCACCUUUUGUUUCUGUGUACUGGGAUACCCACAGUUUUUUGAUGCAUUAGGACUAACGUUCAAGGUCAACCCUUGGCCACAUCAUGUACCAGUUCUGAUGUACAUCAUCGAAUUCAUUUUAUCCGGCGUACUAUGUUUCGCAGUUGGGAUCAUGCUCAUGUUCCACCUAUGGACAAUAGGCCAUGGCGAGACGUCAGUGGAGUCACAGGACAACGAAUUUUAUAGCCGAAUGGCGAAAAACAGAGGCGAGGCCUUCGUAAAUUCCUAUGAUCUUGGGUAUGUAAUAUCAAGAAACCUUCAGCUCUUUUUCAAUCUCGGACGAGGCGGAUACCCCUUCUACACUUUAGUCUUUCCUUUCCGUAUUCUGCCAUAUACAGAUGGGCGUUCAUGGGCUCGCCGCGAGGGACUAUCGCGCCAUCGUGGAAUUCGGAUGGGAGAAGAACUCACGGACGAGGAAGAUCUCUAA